AUGGCUUCAGUAAACAGCUCGUCCCAGGAGAUCCAGCCGGCCUCUCGACAGUUUAAAUUGGUUUCUGUUAGUUUCAAGGAAGCAGCACUAGACUCUCCAAGUUUUCGAGCUACAGUAAACCAUUUAGAUAUUCAAAUUGAUAAUGUGGAAAAAUGGCUUGUUGCCUUGUCUAGUUCUGUGAGGAAGAUACCGAAAUAUGUAAAGGAGUUGCAGAUGUUUUCCAAUUCCUUUUUAGAGCAUUUAUUGCCAACAUUUUUGCAAGAAGGGUUGAUCGACCAAGAAUAUACCGUUGGGACUUUAAAGGAUUCAUUAGUUCAAUUAAGAAAGCUUUGGAGAAUAAGUUUAGAAGCUCUUAACGUUAACCCCCAUGUCAUCGAAUCAUUGUCUCAUUCGGUAUCUAGGAGCAUUCAUAAGUAUAAGGAAAUUAGAAAAAAAUUUGAAGCCACACAGGAGAAAUACGAUACUUAUUUGGCUAUAUUUGUAGCUACUCCUAAGGCAAAGGGCGCAGAGUCAGUGAUAGAGGAUGCUCGGCAUUUGUUCGAUGUUAGGAAGGAAUAUAUCCAUUGUUCACUCGAACUUAUGCGGUCGUUGUCAGACUUGGGAAAUUGUUUGGACAAGCACUUAGUUAAAAUGAUAUUUAACGUCUGGACUACUAAAAUGCAUAUUUUCAAUGGUGAUUUUGACUUUGUAUCUGAGCAGGCUAAAAAGGUUCAAAGGGUACAAACGUGGUGUGAUUAUUAUAAUGGAACCAUCGAAAAGAUGUAUAAUGAUAUGCAAAUGGCAAGAACUCAAAUUGAGGAAAGUUCAAUCAAUCAGGUAAUUCCGCCUACGAAUCCUGAUCUUUAUAAUAUUUCUCUUAUAGAUUACCAUUCCUUGAGAGAUAUCGAUGAACCGAGUACAGAAAAGCAUGGAUAUUUAUUUAUGAAAACUUGGAUUGAUAAAUCCUCCAAACCGAUUUGGGUGAAAAGAUGGUCAUUUAUCAAAGGUGGUUUAUUUGGCAUGCUUUUACUUAGUCCCUCUCAAACUUUCGUCCAAGAGACCGACAAAUUUGGUAUACUAUUGUGCCAUGUUAAAUACUCUCCUUCUGAUGAUAGAAGAUAUUGCUUCGAAGUGAAGACGGCAGACGUUAGCAUCACUCUUCAAGCUGAGACUCUCUUCGAAUUGAAAUCCUGGCUAAAGGUAUUUGAGAAUGAGAAAAAUAGAGUCAUGCAAGAGACUACUGAGAGCAUAUUGAGGAGCGUAUCUUCUGGAAGAUACCCUCCAAUAGUAAUGGAAUUUGCUUCAACAGCCAAUACAACAGUCGACAGGGAAAUUGUAAGUCAAAGAAUUUUGAACGCUUCAGGUCAAAUAGUCACAUCGAGUAGAUUAUCUACUCACAUAGAGAGAAAUGAGAAGUAUUUUCAGAAGCAUAUUUAUUACCAAAUUCCAACAAUAAGACCACCUAUAAUGACAGAUACAACAAAAUCAUCAAUUAUUGCCUAUAGCUUCGCUGCUACCAAUACACUUCCUACCGCGCUAACUGCUAAUAUUUGGGGUUCUGUGAACUGGGGACUCUAUUACUUGCAUACUCUGUUAGAAAGUGAAGAGGAUAUGAAUGACGAUGCGAUUGAUCAAGAUUUAGUUGACAAGGACCUUAGUGGCUCACGGCUUUAUCCUGAUUAUUAUCCAUAUGAACUAGCUCCACUAGAUAUUCAGUUGAGAGCUCUUUUUGAAACCGCUGUUGACCCUGGUGAAUAUUGUUUACUUUCAUUUAGAUGCAUUUGGGCUCCAAAUUCAAGACAAGAAUUGAGUGGAAGAUGUUUUAUAACAAGUAAGCAUAUUUACUUUUACAUGCAAAUAUCCGGAUUUGUUUCACUAUAUAAGGGGCUAGUCAGGCAUCAGGUGGCAGUAGAUUGUAUUCAUCAAAAAGACUUUGAUUUAUUAAAAAUAUUUUUCAUUGAAGGGCUGCUUAAAGUGAAAGUGUUUAUGGAUGACGGCUUUUUAAUAAAGCAAAAGAUGAUAUAUUUAAUUAACAAUAAGGCAAGCGAAAAGCCGAAGGGGCUCGAAGAUUUGAUUGGAGGGUUCAAACACAUAGAGGAAGCUCACUAUGAAAGUCUUUUAGAGAAGAGUGAUGCUAACCGUAAGUCAAUUGAUUCGAUCCUGAGAGCAGAUGCAGAUUUUAAGUCAUCUUUUACGAAUGCUAAAUCAGGACCGUUUCUUGAUAAAUAUAAAGUUGAUUUCAGAGAGGAGGGAAGAAAGGUUUUCGAAAAAGUAUACAAUCUACCACCUAAGGCUCUAUUUCACUCGUUUUUGGGCGAUAAUUCCAUAAUAUUGAAGGUCAAAUCACCAUUAACAGCCCUAGAUUCUUUGGUGAAAAAAUCUUGGUCAGUGAAACCGAACGGACAUAUGCAAAGAAAAAUAAAUCUGAAGGUGACUUAUGCCAGUGGGAAAAAAGGGACAAUGCAAUUGGAGCAAGUCAUUGAUAACAUAGUUGAAAAUGACUACUACACCUUUACGUAUAAAAAAUCAUCUUUCCAACUUUUCGUAGGAUCUUCUUUCACAGUCAAGUAUAGAGUUGUCAUUGUUGGUAUAUCUGGAAAACGGAGUAAGAUCUAUAUCUAUUCUAAAAGGGAUUUCUCCAAAUCGAGUAUUUUUAACAUGCUCAUUGAUGAAAUUACGUAUUAUUUAGAUGUGAAUCAAAUGAAAAAUUUGGAUAAGCAGCUUCAAGGAGUCGUUGAUCAAAUUGGAACUCAUGGUAUGAUUGUGAAGGCAAUAUAUUUUUAUGGUAAGCUUAGUUACACGGAUAAGUUUGAAGACGUUGACCUCCCAAAGCCUUUAAAGUUUGGGUUGGUAAAUAUUCUGGUGAUAUUGUUGAAGAAGUUCAUACUUACAUUUUUGUUCAUACUCUCUUACGUCAUUCAAAUAUUUGCAAAUGGACUAAUUACUUUUGUCCGGGGAGUCAGGAUGAAUCAAAUUUUAAUUUUGGUGCUCAUGGGUUCAGUCUUUUUCAAUUUUUAUUUGGUAGGAAGGUCUACGCUUUCCUUUUGGACUGUGAGAAGUGCAGAUAAAAUUGCACAUAAGUAUUUCACGGCAGAGCCUCUAAUGCUACAGCGUGCAUUAUACGCCAAAGAAACGCAGGAUCUCAUAGAAGAGAACUUUGGGCAAAAGCAGACGAACGUGUCACAUAGUAGAUGCUCACAAAGGUACAGGGAAAUAUCUUUUAUUUUGAAUUUCGAUAGAACAGUAAGAUGGACCGUUGACUACGCCGAUGAUAAUACUAGAGAAGUUGCGAGAAGUCUCAGAAUGGCUUUCCAAGAAGUUGGCAUCAAAAGAAAUGAACUUAUUGUCAAACUAAACAUGCUUAAUUCAAUGGAAAGGGAAAUAGCGAAUGGAGAGUGGAAAAAUUGGUUAUCUAGCGAAAUAUUAAGAUGUGAGUAUAUCAAGGAAAAUGUUGUUGAGUUCAUUAAUAACUCAGAAUCUACUUCGGGUGAUAUUCAAUCCGGAAUAGACUCUAUUCUUGAGUAUUGUAUGGGAUGUUCAGAAGAUUAUAAGCGAGCUGCUGAGCUCCUUUAG